UGUGGGGGCGGCCCGGCGGCGUGCGCGCCCCCGGCUGCAGCCCGUUUGCCCCGGCAGGUCGCAGGAGGUAGGCGGUGCCCGCGCCGCGCCGUGCCGGCCGCCAUGGCGCAGUUCGGCGGACAGAAGAACCCCCCCUGGGCGACGCAGUUCACGGCCACGGCGGUGUCGCAGCCAGCUGCUCUUGGUGUGCAGCAGCCGUCACUGCUUGGAGCCUCUCCUACAAUAUACACGCAGCAGACGGCCCUGGCAGCAGCAGGCCUCACUACCCAGACCCCGACCAACUACCAGCUGACUCAGACAGCUGCCCUACAGCAGCAAGCUGCAGCUGCAGCAGCUGCAUUACAGCAGCAAUAUUCACAGCCUCAGCAGACUCUCUAUAGUGUACAGCAACAGUUGCAGCAACCUCAGCAGACCAUUUUAACGCAGCCAGCUGUUGCACUACCUACCAGUCUUAGCCUAUCUACUCCUCAACCAGCAGCCCAGAUAACAGUUUCUUAUCCAGCACCCCGCUCAAGUCAGCAGCAAACACAGCCACAAAAGCAGCGUGUCUUCACUGGGGUGGUUACUAAACUACAUGAUACCUUUGGUUUUGUGGAUGAAGAUGUCUUUUUUCAACUUAGUGCUGUUAAAGGAAAGACACCUCAAGUGGGUGACAGAGUUUUGGUAGAAGCUACUUACAAUCCUAAUAUGCCAUUCAAAUGGAACGCACAGAGGAUCCAGACGCUUCCAAAUCAGAACCAGACACAGGCUCAGCCGUUGCUCAAGACACCUCCAGCAGUUCUUCAGCCUAUUGCGCAGCAGACAGCAUUCGGUGUUCAGGCCCAGCCGCAGCCACAGUCCUUGUUGCAAGCACAGAUAUCGGCAGCUUCAAUCACGCCUUUGCUUCAGACACAGCCUCAGCCAUUGCUGCAGCAGCCGCAGCAGAAAGGUGGUUUAUUACAGCCCCCUGUUCGUCUAGUCUCACAGCCUCAACCAGCUCGAAGACUAGACCCCCCAUCCAGAUUUUCUGGGAGGAAUGACAGAGGAGGAGACCCUAUGCCAAAUCGAAAAGAUGACAGGAGUCGUGAAAGAGAACGAGAGAGACGUAGGUCUCGGGAAAGAUCACCCCAGAGAAAACGCUCCAGAGAGAGAUCACCUCGGCGAGAGAGGGAGAGGUCACCUCGAAGACCACGACGUGUUGUUCCUCGUUACACAGUUCAGUUUUCCAAGUUUUCAUUGGACUGUCGCAGCUGUGAUAUGAUGGAGCUGAGGAGGCGUUACCAGAACUUGUAUAUCCCAAGUGAUUUCUUUGAUGCACAGUUUACAUGGGUGGAUGCUUUCCCUAUGUCUAGACCAUUUCAGCUGGGAAACUACUGUAAUUUCUACGUAAUGCACAGAGAAGUAGAUCCUAUAGAUAAAAACGCUGCUGUCCUUGAUCCACCUGAUGCUGAUCAUCUGUACAGUGCAAAGGUGAUGUUGAUGGCUAGUCCCAGCAUGGAGGAUCUCUACCACAAGUCGUGUGCGCUGGCUGAAGAUCCCCAAGAACUUCGUGACGGAUUUCAGCAUCCUGCUAGACUUGUAAAGUUUUUAGUGGGUAUGAAAGGCAAAGAUGAAGCUAUGGCUAUUGGAGGACACUGGUCCCCAUCACUGGAUGGACCUGAUCCAGAAAAGGACCCUUCCGUGCUGAUAAAGACGGCUAUUCGUUGUUGCAAGGCUCUUACAGGGAUUGACUUAAGUGUGUGCACACAAUGGUACCGUUUUGCAGAGAUUCGCUACCAUCGCCCUGAGGAGACCCACAAGGGGCGUACAGUUCCAGCUCAUGUGGAGACAGUGGUUUUAUUUUUCCCGGAUGUUUGGCAUUGCCUUCCCACCCGCUCAGAGUGGGAAACCCUCUCCCGAGGAUACAAGCAGCAGCUGGUCGAGAAGCUUCAGGGUGAACGCAAGGAGGCUGAUGGAGAACAGGAUGAAGAGGAAAAGGAUGAUGGAGAAGCUAAGGAGAUCUCUACGCCUACACACUGGUCUAAAUUGGAUCCCAAAACAAUGAAGGUAAACGACCUUCGAAAAGAAUUAGAAAGUCGAACCCUUAGUUCUAAAGGACUGAAAUCUCAGUUGAUAGCUCGACUGACAAAGCAGCUGAAAGUAGAGGAACAAAAAGAAGAGCAAAAGGAGCUAGAGAAGUCUGAGAAAGAAGAGGAAGAGGAGGAGGAUAGGAAAUCUGAAGAUGACAAAGAGGAAGAGGAAAGAAAACGUCAAGAAGAAAUGGAACGUCAGCGGCGGGAGAGACGAUACAUCUUGCCUGAUGAACCAGCAAUCAUUGUGCAUCCUAACUGGGCAGCAAAGAGUGGGAAGUUUGACUGUAGCAUUAUGUCACUUAGUGUUCUUCUGGACUAUAGAUUAGAGGAUAAUAAAGAACAUUCCUUUGAGGUUUCAUUGUUUGCAGAACUCUUCAAUGAAAUGCUUCAGAGGGAUUUUGGUGUCAGAAUUUACAAAGCACUGGUUUCUCUCCCAGAGAGGGAGGACAAAAAAGACAAAAAAGGCAAAAAAGAUGAACGAAAAGAGAAAAAGGAAGAAAAAGAGGAAGAAAAUGAUGAACCAAAACCUAAGAGGAGAAAAUCUGGAGACGAUAAAGAUAAAAAGGAAGAUAGAGAUGAAAAGAAGAGGGAAGAUAAAAGGAAAGAUGAUUGUAAAGAUGAAGAAGAGACAGAAGAUGACAAUAAUCAAGAAGAAUAUGAUCCAAUGGAGGCAGAAGAUGCUGAAGAUGAAGAUGAAGAAUGCAGACCACUCGCAACUCCCAUUGAAGUCAGUAGGAGAUACCGGGAUGAAGAGGAAAUGAACAAACGGGAGGACAGAAGAGAGGGAAAUAGGCAUUGCAAAGAGAGGUCGUCUAAAGAUAAAGAGAAGGACAAGACACAAAUGGUAACUGUUAAUAGGGACCUUCUGAUGGCCUUCGUUUAUUUCGAUCAAAGUCAUUGUGGAUACCUUCUGGAGAAGGACAUGGAGGAGAUACUGUACACUCUUGGACUGCACCUAUCACGUGCUCAGGUCAAGAAGCUCCUUAAUAAAGUAGUACUUAGAGAAUCCUGCUUUUACAGAAGACUAACAGAUACUUCUAAAGAUGAGGAAAACCAAGAAGAAUCCGAAGAGCUACAGGAAGAUAUGUUAGGAAACAGAUUACUGUUGCCAUCACCUACAAUAAAGCAAGAAUCAAAAGCUAUAGAAGAAAACGUUGGCCUUAUUGUAUACAAUGGCGCUAUGGUGGAUGUUGGGAGCCUCUUACAGAAGCUGGAGAAGAGUGAAAGAGUGCGGGCAGAGAUAGAACAGAAGCUUCAGUUACUAGAAGAAAAAACAGAUGAGGACGAGAAGACCAUACUGCAUCUGGAGAAUUCUAACAAGAGUCUGUCUACGGAGCUCAAAGAAGUCAAAAAGGACCUUGGUCAGCUGCAAGAGAACUUGAAAAUCUCAGAUGAUAAAAAUUUACAAUUUGAGGGUCAGCUGAAUAAGACAAUCAAAAACUUAGCUACUGUUAUGGAUGAAAUACAGAGUGUUCUUAAACAGGAUAUUGUGAAAAGCGAAGAUAGAGAUCAGAAAUCCAAAGAAAAUGGAGCUAACGUAUGAUAAAACUGCUGCUGUUUAGAAGAACGGUGUUACAUAAUGUAAUAUAAAUCAUGAUACCAGAAUGUAUGGGAAGUGAUGCAUGUUUGAUUUUAGUAGUAUAAAUAUCUUAGUUCCAAAAGAUGUAUAAAGUUUUAUGAAUGUGAAUGUCUGCUUCUGAAGAUUGCUUGUAAUUCUUAGCAUUCAAUUUGAGACACUCCUCGAGUGAAAAUAAUUUUGCAUUGCAAAAUGUUUUAGGAUGAACUUUGUUACAGCUUUAACCCUAAUAAAGUUCAUCAACGUAAUGAACAGUAGCAAGUAUUUAAUUACCAAAUGUUUUUCAUUAAAGUCUAGUGAAAUCAAAAUUUUCAUUAUUUAUAGAAUUGCCAUUUUUAGGUUUUUAUUUUUAUUUCAGUCUAAUUAGUCUUUUUAAAUUCAAAUAUAAAUCACAAAAUAGCAUGCUGCUUAAUUUUGCAAGUAAAGAUUUUUUUUAAAAGCUUCUCAGAUUUUUUUUUUUUUUACUUGUCACAACUUUCUUUUCCCUUCCACCUGUAAUUUUCUAAAAGCUGCUUGUAAUAAAGCUUCCUGAGAUACAGUAGUUCAGAGUUGCAUAUGAGUUAAGAAAGCAAUAGAAACCUACCACAAUACUGGUAGAGUUGUGAGAUUUAUACGGAAAUAUAUGGGCCUGUUUUAAAUGUAUGUCAUCUUUGUUUCCUUAAUUGUUCUUAUCUUUGGAUUAAUAUAUAUGCUCCUUUUUAACAAGUGCGGUGUAUUAAUAUGUAUGGUUGGAUACCAGGCCAGUAGAUGUCAGACUAAUGCCUUACAUGGACAAAAUGCUACCAUUGUAAGUCACCUUUAAUUAAAUUUGGACUUCUUUCCUAGUAUGUGUAAUUACUUCAAAUACUCUAGUCCAACAAAGUGAUAGAUACACAAGUAUCAGUAUUCCAUGUUAUAAUUAUGAAGGAGCAGGACAAUUUUUGUUGAAAGAGGGUAAGACUGCCUUUCUGUUGUGUUCAUAGAUAACCAGAGAUCUAAGCUUAAAACGUAAUGUGGCAUCAUUUGUGAAAGGCAACUUACAUGAGAUGAAGCACGAACAAUGGUAUUUUGUUGCAACUUCCAGGAAAGUUAAGGGUUUUGAAGGUUGGGAAAGGAGUCUUCUCUUACAGAAAUGGUUAAUUUUAGUAGACUUUUUUUUUUUUUAAAACCAAGAUGUCCUAGGUAACUAAAUACCUGUUAGGAGAGUCCAGGUGCCAUAAUAUGUAUGAAUAACCCAUGUGAAAGCUCACAUGGCUUUAGUGAGAAACACCUUAAAAUGCCUGAAUUGAUGUUCAAAGGAGUCUAAGGUGGUGCUCUUAUUAUUUCCUUCGCUGGCCCUUUUGAAGCCAGACAAGUCUCUUUCUUCAUUAAAUUAACAUGCAUAAAUUUCUCUCUCAUUCAUCACAGUUCAGUCACUGUGGAAUACCUUAACUGUUCACACUAAAGUAGGGGUUAAUAUAAAAACACUACUUAUUCAGUACAAGUACGCGGAAAACGCAUGCUUUAUGAAUUAAGAGGUAACAUCUCAUUAGAGUGAGUGAGGAUGGUCAUAAAUUAAUCCUAUGAAAAGCAUCAUCUGUGGUAUACAGAUGGUGUAAAGUGAAAUUCUUUUGUAAUAAAAUUCUAUUUUUCACCUUUGUACAGACUGACAGCAUGUAUAUGUCAAGCACCAUUUAAAAUAGUAAGGAAAGGACUGACUUUGAAAUAACUUUUUCAUGGGGAAUUUUCAGCUGUACAUGUGAACAUGCAAGAGAUAAAUUGUAGCAUAUAAGAUAACUUCAUAGGUUCACUGUGAAAGUUCUGUUGGAAUCUUUGUGGUUUUUUUGUUUGUUUUUUUUAAAAAAAAAACCUUAAACAGCUGAUAGGAAAGCAGUUGUCACGAAAGCAGGCCUCAUCUUGCGUUUGAGUUGAGUGGCCCUGUGACAUAAUUGCUAGUGACACAGAUUUUUAUAGGAUUUAAGAAAAAUAAUUGCUUGAAUUAGUGUAACCUUGCUCUAUAUUGCUUUGAUGUAACAGUGUUUUAAAUACAAUGUACAGUCUGCAUUUAUGUUGGAAGGAAAAUGAAAGGUUAAAAAAUAAAGGGGAAAAAAUGAAAAAUUUUACAACCUACACAGGGCUUGACCAGUCUCCCAAAGGACAAAUAAUCUGAUGAAAAAGAGACAGCUUCACAGCAUGUAAAGUCACUUUAUCAAAUGGCACAAAGUUCUGUAUAUACGUCACGUCAAUUCUAGUCAUUAGCUAAAGCUUCUCAGUAAUAUUUUAGGAAUGUAAGCAGUUCUUAAAUAAUAACAAAAAAAGCUAAUAGAGUAUCAAUAGUGGGGGUUUGGAGAAGCAAUCUUCUAUCAGUUUUAAUUUAUGAACAGUGUUUUUGCAUUUAAUGUCCACACUUCACAUCUCAUGGGCUUUCCACUGCUAUGCCUUUCCCUGGGUAUCGGCUGCUGACAAACGGCUGCUAGAAGAGCUGAAGCAAGGUCUUGUUGGUGCUCUCGGUGUUGAAGCACCCCAUUUGUUUGUAGUUUAAAAAUGAUCUUAGAGGCUCUAUGCAGAGUAGCAAAUCUAGGAGUGCCUUGUUCUGUAGAGAAAGCACUGCUACAACAAGCCAGUAAAUAAAAUUGUAUCUGUUUAUAGACUUUUUUCCCCUUUUGUAUUGCUCUAGGCUGAUGAAAUUAGUGAGUUGAACCUUUACAGCACGAUACUCAGCCCAAUGGAUGCCCAUGAAUAAGGAUAGGAAGAAAGUUCCACGUGAUACAUCUGCGUGCAACAUGAUCUAGAUUGGACUAGACUCUAAUAAUGCCCCUUUGCUUGAUCUGGCAAUAAAAAAGGUAGAGGUGCAUAGCUUCAGUGCUACAUAGCAACAGUGGCAAAAAGACCAAUAGAGAUUUUUUGCCAAAGCUUUCUGGAGAGCUGAGUAUUGCAUGGGAGAUAAUGGAGCUGCAUCCAGCACCACUGCAUGUUCUACCAUGACAGAGACAUGUUUUACUGACUCACCUAGUGCUUGAUGUAUCGUGGCCGUAGCACCUGGCUGGGCACUGCUGCAGAAUCACUUCCCAGUUGUUGCUUGGUUUUCCCUGCGUCCCUUCACUCGGCCUGUGGAGCAGAAGUUAGAAUGCUGUCUGGUGACCGUGGGUUUCCACAGAUCCAGCAUUUACAAUUGAGUCAUUUCAGAAUGUAACUUUAUAAAGUUGAGUCCGCGAACAUAUGUUCAGUGUUCAGGCUGAAAUAACUGCUUUGGGAGAGAUAAUGGCUUUCAGUCCAUCUUUCUGCUGAAUAAUGUACUGUGUUGAGUAUCUGUUUGGAUUUAUGUAACAUGGUUAACUUUCACUGAUAAUUUUAUCAGAAAUGUGCACAAAAUGUGUUUUUUUCCUCUUGCUUCUGUAAUCUUUGUGUACCCAGGUCAGGUUUUAAAAUCUUGAGUGCAUUUGUUCAGUGCAGUUUAUAUUUAAAAAUAUAUUUCAUUUUUAGUGACUGAGUCUCAUGGCCAGUGAUAGAUUGCAAAAUAUGUAGGUGGCGCGGUCAAUGCACUUUCCGAAAGCAGAAAUGGUUCAAAUAGAAAUUCAGCUGGAACUUGUAUAUUGCCGUGUAGUACAACAAUAAAAACAGCAUAAAUAA